AUGGCUGCUGGACAGAAACUUCUUCGAGGUGCACUCGCGACUUCUUGCCAACUUCAUCGUGUGUGUCUCUCUAGACAGGGAAUUCAGUCUUUAUCUACCCCGUUGCGACACAUUUCAGCAUCACCAAGCCUUCUACCACGAUAUUCAGCGCUGUUCCCUUCAUUGCUGGGUAGAAACAGCUAUUCUACGACGACCAGGGACCCUCACCCUCUAACGGACGACAAGGCGCCAGCAGUCUCGGAAGAAGAGGCCCAGGCAGCUCAGUCUCGACGAGACCAGGAGCCCGCGUACCUGAUCUACUUUACGUGCAAACCAUGCUCACACAGAUCAGCGCACCGCAUCUCGAAACACGGAUAUCACAAGGGAACCGUUUUGAUAACGUGUCCGAGCUGUAGCAACCGACAUGUCAUCAGUGACCAUUUAAAAAUCUUCAUGGAUGCGCCCGUCACGUUGGAGGACCUUUUGGCCCAGAAGGGCAUGAAGAUCACAAAGGGGACGAUGGAGGGAGAUAUGGAAUGGUGGGAUAAGGAUGGGGAAAGGACAGAUGCCAGUCCGGAAUCUACUACCACUACUGCAUCUGAGCUGGCUCAGCCAAAGAGUGGUGAAGGACAGGGCGGAAAAUCCUCAUAG